AUGUCAUCUGGAAAGACUUACACAUUGGCCAACGGCGUGAAAAUGCCCGCCGUUGGCUUCGGUACCUUCGCCAACGAGGGCUCCAAGGGCGAGACCUACGCCGCCGUCACGACUGCCCUCAAGGUAGGCUACCGUCAGCUUGACUGCGCGUGGUUCUACCUUAAUGAGGGUGAGGUCGGGGACGCCAUCCAUGAUUUCCUCAAGGCCAACCCCUCCGUCAAGCGUGAGGACAUCUUCGUGUGCACCAAGGUCUGGAACCACCUGCACCGCUACGAUGACGUCCUCUGGUCCCUCAACAACUCUCUCGAGCGUCUCAAGCUCGACUACGUGGACCUCUUCCUUGUCCACUGGCCUAUUGCUUGCGAGAAGGACGGUCAGGGUAAGCCGUUGAUCGGUCCCGAUGGAAAGCACGUGAUCCUCAAAGAUUUGACCGAGAACAACGAGGAGACAUGGCGCGCCGUGGAGAAGCUGUACGCCGAUGGCAAGACCCGGGCCAUCGGUGUGUCCAACUGGACUAUCCCCCAGCUUGAAGCCAUGGCCAAGUACGCCAAGGUCCAGCCUAUGCUCAACCAGAUUGAGAUUCACCCCUUCUUGCCCAACGAGGCCUUGGUGGAGUACUGCUUCGCCCACAACAUCUUGCCCCAGGCCUACUCGCCUCUGGGCUCGCAGAACCAGGUCCCCACGACAGGCGAGCGGGUCAGUGAGAACAAGACCCUGAACGAUGUUGCCAAGAAGGGUGGCCACACGCUCGCCCAGGUCCUGAUUGCCUGGGGUCUGCGUCGUGGAUACAGUGUCGUCCCCAAGAGCUCCAACCCGGCGCGCAUUGAGUCCAACUUCCAGACCAUUGAGCUCACCGAUGAAGACUUCGAGGCUGUGAAUGCGGUGGCCAAGGGUCGUCACACUCGCUUCGUCAACAUGCACGAGACCUUCGGCUACAACAACUGGCCCGAGGAGCCUCUUCACACUGCGCCCCACAAAGACUAG